AUGGAAAGAUUUUGCGAAGUAUUUAGCUCUUGUAAUUACAAAACAGUCAAAGAUCCUGACAAUAAUCUACUAGUCAAAUUUGCAGAUGACAUAACUGUUAGUGCCCCGGUUAAAGAUAAUUAUGAUUCUGCACCAGCUGAAGUGGACAAUAAUGAAAAAUGGACGGAAACAAACAGGAUGACAUUAAAUCUAGCCAAAACAUGGGAAACGACUGUAAGUGGCAAAUUAGCAAAUCCUCCACCAGAACCAAUAGCAGGUAUUGAACGCAAGUGA